AUGGCGACAAACCUGGGCGCUACCUUUGUCCCCGGCGGAGGGGAUGAUUACUACAUGCCGGAAGUAAUUGCUCCGGCACCUCAGAGCGGGCCUCAGAUUGGUCCGGCGCGUUCAGCCCAGGCUAAGAAGAGGGGAGGGGUUAUGCCAGAAGUCCCUCAGAACAUGCAAUCAGAUCUUCAACGACUAGAACAACAUUCUGCUGAUCUAGGCGCGACCGGAAACCAAACCCAAGGCAACGCUGCCUCCAGAAAGACAGGUGCGCACCACCAGAGAGACCCCUCGCUUUCGACCUAUCUGAACACUCAGGUAACAGCAGGUGGAGGUUCAGGUGGCAGUGACGGUGGCAGUGCAACAGCUCCGUCGGUGCCCCAUAUAAACGAGCCCGACGGCAUCGAGUUCAAGCCCUUCGAAGACAGCGACAAGAAGACGUACGACAAGAUGUCUUCUCACGACGCCCCCAGCUUCUCGCCCUUCCCCAAGGUCAAAGGCGAGAACAUACCGCUGAGCGAUGAGGAGAAGGAAGAGAUACUAUACAAUGCGCGGUCGCACGUUCUGCACUCCAACAAUGUCUCGAUGCAAUUGUCGUGGGCGCGCGACUCACUAGCAUGGGUUGAGAUCAUGGCCGAAUCCUGGCAACGCGAAAAUGCCGGCGCCGAGAGGCCCAGGACCCCCAAGGUCGAGCACGAGCUGAGGGAAGAUGCAAUCAACAUUGUCCACUACCUGGCAGAACAAGGCCACCCGGAGGCCUUGUUUAUGCGCUCCAAAUGGCUCGAGUUUGGCAAGUUCGGCCAACGCGCCGACAAGAAGGAGGCUUACCUGGGUUACCGCAAGGCUGCCGAGCAGGGAUGGGGCCGUGCCGAGUACCGCAUGGGAAUGCUGUACGAGAACUCCAACGAUAUGGAAAAGGCAAAGAAGCACUACAUUCUGGGUAUGGAACAGCGCGAUUCGGCUGCGUCUUAUCGACUCGGCAUGAUGAGCCUGCUUGGUCAGCACGGGUAUCCAAAGGACUACAAGUACGGCCUGGAGCUGAUCCAGGUCGCAGCCGACAGCGCUGAUGAGGAUGCGCCACAGGGUGCCUAUGUCUACGGCAUGUUGAUCUCCAAAGAUCUUCCCGAUCUCGACAUCCCCGAGAACAUCCUUCCCACAAACUUGGGUCUUGCACGUCAGUACAUCGAAAAGGCGGCCUUCCUGGGAUUCGCAAAGGCACAGUCCAAAAUGGGCCAGGCCUAUGAGCUUUGCCAGCUAGGCUGCGAUUUCAACCCGGCCUAUUCAUUACACUACUACGGCCUUGCCGCGAGACAGGGGCAGCCCGAGGCGUCGUUGGGAGUCAGCCGUUGGUUCCUUUUUGGCUACGAGGGGGUAUUUAGUAAAAACGAGCAGCUUGCCUUCAAGUAUGCAAAGUCUGCAGCAGACACCGGACUGGCCACGGCCGAAUUCGCAAUGGGAUAUUACCAUGAAAUCGGCAUCCACGUCCCCAAAGAUAUCCGCGAAGCCCGCAACUGGUACGAGAAGGCUGCCGAUCACGGCAACAAGGAUGCGGAACAGCGGCUCGAGUCGCUCCGCCAAUCCAAGACUCUGACCAAGGAAGACCAUGAAACGACUACCCUCACACGAAUCAAGUCUCAGCACGGUUCUCAGCGCGGUAAAAGACCCGACAGGUUCAAGCAGAGGGACAAUGGAGCCAUGCCAACCGUGGCCGAGUCAAGGUCUGGGCCCGGCACCCCCAUUGAGGGCACAAUGCCGGUCUCGGGUCGUGGGCCCAGCCCAGGCCACUCACCUAUCGGCAACGGAUUUGAAGGCUAUGAUAACAGGGGCCGGCAGCCGGCUUUUGGUGUAAAUGUUGGCCAACCACAACGCGCAAGGUCAACCGCUCCUUAUCCCGAGGACGACAGGCCUGCGCCGCUCAACAUGUCGGCUCGAGCGAGAUCUACCGCACCAUACCCGGAGGAUGAUCGGCAAGCGCUUUACAACAAACUUCCAGUAUCUCCGCACUACAAUCCCGACAUCCGCGGCACGGGGGCAAGUGCCCCCUUGGCAGAGCGACCCAACUCGGCCUUUGGCAUCAGGGCGGAUCCGUAUCAGGCUGGUGGAUAUAGACAGUCGCAAGCUGGGGGUCCUGGCCUUGCUCCGAUACCACCAGCAGGCACUCAAGGGCGGGGACGCGUCGUGUCGGCCGGUCCUGGAUGGGAUCAACAGACGCAUGGUGGAUACCGGCAAUCUAACACAAGCCCUGCGGGAUACGGACCUGAUCCCUAUACUCAAGGCCCACCGCAAAUGAGCGGAGCUGGAGGCCCGUUGUCCCCGCCGAUGGGUGAUCCUUCGAGAAAUCGCCUCACCAAGCAGCCUCCUGGCCCAACUCAGCCUGCAUACUCACCCCAGGGCUCACCCGGCUACCCUCCUCCAAUGGUAAGUGCGGCAGUUCCUGGUCGCGACUAUGGUCCGAGAACCUCAUCGCGCCCCACCUCUGAUGCAUACGAUAUGAGGGAUAUGAGGCAGAACAUGCCCCCAGCGGCCGGCCGGCCAGUAUCGGCAAGGCCGGACCGCUACGAUUCACUACCGCCGCAACAAGGUGGCGGAUAUGCGGGUGGUCGGCCGCCACAGCAACUCAAGGAUAGGCCAAGCCACAUGAACCCUAUGGACCCCGGCAGGCAGAGCGCACCGCCUGGCCAAUAUGGCGGCGGCGGGAGGCCCAGUCCCGCCCCGAGCUCGGUCCCAAGCUUUUCCAGUGGACAGUCGGCCCCUCCCGGCAGGAAGCCUGUCGGCGGGGGCGCUGGGGACGGUGGUGGUGCUGCUGCCAGCAAGCCGGCGCCUCAGGGCCCGGCAACUUUCGAAGAGAUGGGUAUUCCCCAGGGUAAGAACGAUGGUGACUGCGUUGUAAUGUGA